CCCCAUCUCGUGAUGUAUCGGAAUGCCUGCAGCCCGAGUCCUUUCCGUCAUCUGCGUCAAUCGCUCAAUUGCGGUGCGUCUGUCCGGUCGGCUCUCACUCGAUGGCAAUAGCUUCAUCAUCAACCCCGUACGCCGGGGUCUGCUCUGGUCCGUCGUGCUCGACUGGUCAAUCCCUCAUUCGAUGGACGGUCACCGGACGGACGGUACCGACACUCCUCCAACGAGUGACGAGUCCGACCUUUCUCAGUCCGUACUCCGGAGUCUGGACUCGUGUGGUCUUCGCUGGUCAAUUGCUGGUCUUCCACCCGCCGGAAUCUCGUUGGUCUGUAUUGCCUGGGGAUCGUUCUUUGCGUUCAGGUGGGAAAGGUCAUCGUCAGCACGGAAGCCGUGCUGGUGGGCGGAGGCGGGGCCUUUUCUCACUACUGUUCCAGAACAGGAUGGAUUGACGUGCCAACGAACAUUAGAACCUUCUUUCGCACUGCGGGUAAGAGAUUCGGGUAGUUUUCCAGAGUGGGGGAGAUGAAUGAAGCUUGCGUUUGUCGUUGGUAUCCAUAAGAGGUGUGGCAAGACCCCGGUGGCACCCACGAGAAGUGAUUGCUGUACAUUUUACUGUUCAAGGAUUGACUAUUUCUUAGGAAGUCGAGCAGUUUCCCAUUCCAAGGCGCGAGCGACUCUGUUCUGCGUCUUGAUUGUGGAUCAGAUGUGAAUUGCUCGAAACAAGUCGACAUCCCCUGUUUGGAUCUUGCAUCCCCAUCAAAAAAUCCUGCACUAUUUAAAGUUUGAUUCAGAAACUACGCACAAUUCCAUACUGCUACAGCGAUACAGCUCUGAGUUUAUUCGAUUGACUAGCAAGUAGGACCAGGAAGGUAUCCCGGUCAACUUUGUAACAGCACGGUCGUAGAAAUAUUUUGAAGUCCUCCCGCGGUUCUAAUCAAGCGUCAAAGAGACAAAACAUUGAUUCUUCUAUAAACAUUGAUUCAAGUUCUGUCAUCGGAGGUUUACUGCAACGCAAAUUUCUUACUGCGAUUCUGUUGCAGUGAUUCUAAAUUGAUAAAUUGAUUUAGUAUGUAUAUAAGAGCGCAACUAUUCAAUAUGCUUUAGUUUCCAUUACAACAAGUUCCACUCGUGAACACUGUAGAUAUUCGCCGGGAUUUGUGCUGGAUCAAGGCAGCAUAUUCGAUAAAGAUAUAGAUCACGCUGUAUCUACCAACGUAUGAAACCG